AUGAACAAGGAUGCCAAGAAAUUAAUCACAUCUUUGAAACAAGUAGACAAUAAAAUUACAACAUCACCACUUCUUGAGCAAGAUCACCAUCUCACUGCGGUGAUUCGAGUUCUUAGAGAAGUUUGUGUGAAGAACAUGUCUAUCUUCCAAUCCCUCUUGGUCUUUUUAGCAGUUCCAGUUUCAAAGUCAAACAAGUGGUCUUUGGUACCAAAGUUCAUGCGCAAAGGAGUGAUAACAUGUGAAGAUCAGAAGGAGUACAUUAAUGGCCAUGAGUUUGAUGGUGUUGAUGCUGCUCUAUACAAUCUAUGCAAAUCAUCAACUGCUACAUUUGAAUGUGCAAAUAAAAGAUCGGAAGCUUUGGAAGUAACCAUUGAAGGACUUGAGAAUGGUUUAGAGAGCGUUUUUAGGUGCAUGAUUAUAACAAGAGCUUCUCUUUUGAACAUAAUCUCACAAUAA